GCUACAACGGUCGGGCGCUACGGUUGGGCGCUACGAGCUUCCAGCUACGAAACGGCGACAACUAGGCGAUAUGUUGCGGCGGUCGGUCGUGUUUCUGGCACUCUUCGUCUACGUGCAAGGGCGGGCGGUGAACAUCAGCAACACAUGGGUGCUCCCGGAGGAAGGUUUCCCUGUGUUCUACCGCUACUUCAGGGACCGCAUAUCCUGGUAUGAAGCUGAUGCCGUCUGCCAGUUCCACCAUGCCAACCUCGUCACAGUGGAUACUACGGCUCAAUACGACGCCGUGCGAGCUUACCUCAAGGAAUUGGACAUUACGAGUGCCGUGUGGGUCGGUCUCAUACGCAGCAAUCCUGACGGCGAUUUCACUUGGACGGACUAUCGAGGUCUAAGCGGAGAAGGUUAUUGGAGCUCAGCACCUGAUGCUCGCACUGCCCCAUUGUGUGCUGCAGCAAACCCUUCGGCUGACUACCGUUGGGAAGCACGUGCUUGUGGUGGACCCACUGUCGCUUCAUUUAUUUGCGAAUUACCAGUACCACAAUGGGCUCUUGGUAACGAGGGUUGCAUGAUACGGGCGCUACCAGCACUAACAAUAUUGUAUCUCCCUGAAAGCGCCGCGGUUCAACUUACAGCAGAUUGUGGUUUAGCCGGUGUGAAACGUGUUCAAUGCACAGGAAAUGUAAAACGUGAAGAUUUGUUGAAAGAAUUAUCAUGUUCCGAAGAAGAAGAGGUUUCAAGUACUCCUGGAGUGGCUGGCUUAACCACCACGUGGGUUUCAACAACAGACCGUUUCACAGAUGAAGACGCAACCAAAGAUAUUACUACUGAGGAUAGCAUUACUACUGAACACGAAGACGAUAUAAAUCAGUCCACUAUCGUAUCAGCUACUCCGAUUCCAGAGAUUGUGAAUAUUGAGAAAAAACCAAAUACUUACUUUUUAAAUACUAAUAUUGUAAAUGAUAUAAAUUUGAAAAAAAAUGUGGACAUAGAUGUUAUUCAUGACAACAAUCUUCAAAGUAACAUGGUUCCUGAGAUACCAAUUAAAGUAAAUUUCUUAACCAACGAACAGUUAGAGAAAAUAGAAGAUGAAAAACAUAUGCAACACAAGAUGCUACAUGAAGAAAUAGCGCGGCUCGGAAACUUGGAUAAAAUCUUCACUCAACCUACUGAUCAUUUUGUACCACCUCUUGUGAUGGCUAAAGCUAAACUAAGCGAUGAUAUGACUGUAUUGUCUUUAGCAGAAAAACACGCGCAACAACUUGCUGUACAGCAAUUUACCAAACACAAUUUGCGAAAUAAAAAUGUAGAUUAUUCCAUUGGCAAUGGAAACGAUCUAACUACACUAAAACCAGUCAACAAAGUAAUCGACGUGAUAACCCACACUGAUCUGAAAACAAGGAUUGAUGAAAAAAAAGAAAAUAUAAAACAUACUGUACCAAAAAAAUACAACGAAAAGUUCGAUGAUCCGAAAACAAAAUUAUUAAAAGCACCAGAAAUUAAAUUAUACGAUUUCCGUAAAACAACCGUAAUUAUUCCAGUUCAAACGGAGCUGACAGUCAAAGAUGUAUAUUUUAAAACAAGCACCGCAAGACCCAUAAUCCAAGAAGCAGUAGCAGAUAGUGAUGAAGACCAUAUGAUAGAUUUGACGGUGUUUUUGAAGGAUGAACCAACGGUUGUUCCCAAACAGAUAAUAAACACAAAUUACUCCGGUGAUAUAUCUAACCUUGAAAUAAUGCAAGAUCUCCCAACAGAAAUUACUAAUCAAACUGAAAAUAAUUUUAAAACAGUGAACACUACGCUUACAAUCAUUAACGAGGGUGUCGCUCAAGAUUUCAAUUCUUCGCAAAAAGUUAUCAUGAAUCACGAAAUAGUUAACAUUACAAUCAUUUCAGAAAAUGAUUCAACUGUAAAUCCAACAGUACUUGAAGUUUCCACGAUGAUGCCUUAUUUCCUAGACGUUUUUCGUAACUCAAGUUCUUCUCCCGAUGUGUCUUUAAAUAAUACCACCAGUAAUGAAGUACACUCCACAACUAACAUGAAUAUUACUCCGUUAGCCAACGUCACUCAACCUCAAAUAGAUUCUACAACCAUUAAUGCUAAUAUAAUUAUAUCUUCAGAAAUACCACCUACUAUUUCAAAACAGAAUGAAAUGACUGAUAAAUUUCCAUUUGAAGGGGACUUUAACUUAAGCACAUCAUCAACAACCAGUACAAUAAGUAUUAUUACGGAAAAAACUUCAAAUACCACCACUAUCUUUGGAAUACCUGAGGAACCAUUUGAUAUUCCCAACGAAUUCCAAGAAGACGAUAAUCUGAAUUCUACCGAGACCAAAAUUAACGAUUUUCAAUCGCCUCUCCUAUCAGCGGCGAGCGAACCGAUACAUAGACCUAAUCGGUCAAGGAGACCUCAACAGCAGAACCGAAUCAAAUUCAAUCCAUUCCGGAUCUUAGGUUAAGCAUUAAGUUAUCCGAAAUACAAGAAUUAUUACAAACUGCCCCGCCAAAGAUUAAACAGAUGACUGAUCACACGUAAUCAAACAGAUCACCCGUAAAAAUAAAAAUAUCUUACAGAAUGCACGGAAUAUGUAAAUGAGACAAACGCUAAACAUAAAAAUCAUAUUAUUAUUGGGAAAUAUGUUGCCGCUAAUAGUCAAUUUCAACGUUAGAGUUCGCUUAACUUUUUUGUUUAAUUUAUCUUUAAAACGGCUGAUUGAUUGAUUAAAUAGUUUCCAGCUUCUAUGCUUUAAAAUAGAUUAGGAGAUAGUCAAUUGAUAUUUAAAAAUAAAACUCGUAGCAUAGCUAUGAUAUUAUCAAUAAGAAUUCUAGAAUUUUCCGUAACAAUCAGCAGUGCCAUAAUUUUACCUAGAAUUUUUAAACAAUGGGGGCUAUUUAAAACACUACUUUUUAGAAUUUAAUAUAGACAUAGGUAUUUUCGCAACAUUUUUGUGUUAUUUAUAAUAGGUUGGGGAAAAAGUCUUUUCGCAUUAUAGUAUGUAUGAACUUGUAAUAAAAUCUCUUUGGCUAUACUAUUUGUAUCGGCCUGGUUUUGUUAUCAUUAAAAGUUAAAAUUUUAAAGAAGAUAAUUCCAAAUUCAAAUUAGGAAAAUGUGUGAUUUUUAUUUAUUUUUCGUACUGUCAAGAUGAGUAAAUCCAAUGAAAAAAUUCGAUACAUUUUGAAAUUCUGCUACAAAAAAGGUAAAAAUGCAACGCAAGCCGCGAAAAAAAUUUUCGAUGUUUCUGGACCUAGUGCAGUGUCUGUGAGAAUAGCACAAAUUUGGUUUAAGCAUUUUUCAAUCCGGAAAUUUUGAUGUCAAAGAUGCACGUCGCUCUGCUCGUCCUAUUACAGAUAAAAUGAAUGCUGAUAACUGGUAAUAAAAAGUGGAUCACGUACGACAAGAACGUGUGAAAAAGGUCGUGGUCAAAGGCCGGUCAGGUUUCACAGACUGUGGCGAAACCCGGGUUAACUCGCAACAAGGUGAUGCUGUGUGUGUGGUGGGAUUGGAAGGGCAUUAUUCGUUAUGAGCUGUUACCACCAGGCAGGACCAUCGAUCCUGAACUGUAUGUACUGCGAACAACUGAUGAUAUUAAAGCAAGAAGUUGAGAGAAAGCGGCCGGAAUUAAUCAACAGAAGGGGUGUGGUUUUUCAUCAUGAUAACGCUAGACCUCACACAUCUUUAGCCACUCAGCAAAAAUUAAGAGAGCUUGGCUGGGAGGUGUUAAUGCAUCCGCCGUAUAGUCCUGACCUUGCACCUUCAGAUUUCCACCUGUUUCGGUCUCUUCAGAAUUCUUUAGGCAGUGUCAGGUUAACAUCACGAGAGGACUGCCAAAACCAAUUGUCGCGGUAUUUUGAUCAGAAGCCCCAAAACUUCUAUAGUAAUGGGAUCAUGUCCCUACCUACAAGAUGGCGAAAAGUUAUCGAACAAAAUGGUACCUACAUACUUUAGUUAAAUGUAAAUAAGCUAUAUUAAAAAAUGUUGUGAAUUUUCUUAAAAAAUGCGAAGAAACUUUUUCCCCAACCUAUUAUUUCAAAUAUUAAUGUCACAUUUCUUUUUAAGGUUAAUGAGUAAUAAAACUCUAGAAAUUAGACUACAAAAAUAGUUUUUUAGUUGAUUACCACUUUCUGAAUGUCUUUAAACUUGUUUAUUUUAAGUAUUAAUAAACAGUCUUAUUAAAAGCACUUCGUGCUGUUUCAAUGUAUCUUAAGGAUCAUAUCACGUUAGUUGUGUAAGGAAUAUUAUUUUAUUGAUUUUCACUAUAUAGUAUGUAUUAUCUUUAUAUUUUAUUAAACAUUUAGGCUUAAGACGCACAAUGGAUUCUUGUUAUUGUAACCCACUAAUGAUUUAACGUAAACACAUUGGCGUGUUAAUAUAGAUAAAAAUAGUGUUAUAUGUAUGAAUGUAGUUUGUACUUAUGUAACACAUUUUUUAAUAAAUAAAUCCUCUACA